GUUCUGCUUUUACCUUGCAGAAGCCUAAUAAGUAGGACCCGCUGACUUUUCAAAGAAAAACUGUUCUCUCUUUCGACUGGCAAGACAGCGUCCUACUAUUGAAAAUGUGUGUUGUUGAGGUGGUGGGAGGGGAGAAGAGGUCAAGGAAGGGAUGCUGUCAGUGUCUUUGCAAAGAAGAAAAGGAUUUCUGCAGUCAAAACAGCCACAAGUAAGAUCAACAAUGAAGAAGGUACCUCGUAAAUUCUUUUCAUAUCUACAAUUUCAAAAGGCUUUACAGUUUCUUCAGUUCCAAUCAAGAGAUGCUGGUGGAAAUGUAAAGCAGCUUCGAUGUAUAACAUCAGGUCCAGCAGCUAGUGCGACAACUUCUGACUUGAUUGAAGUGUUUGGGAAAUUCUACAGUCGAGAUGAUUAUACAAAUAUUACACCAAAGAUAUUGUCCAAAGUGGGAAAAAGCUUACAUAACCAAAGAAAUCAUCCUUUAUGGCUCAUUAAAGAACGCAUUAAGAAACAUUUCUAUACACAGUAUUUGAAUCGUAAUAGAAAUCCAAUGUUUUCAGUAUAUGAUAAUCUGUCUCCUGUGGUUACCACAGCGCAGAACUUUGACAGUUUGCUUAUACCAGUGGAUCAUGCAAGCAGGAAGAAAGGAGAUAACUUUUACCUGAAUCAAACUAAUAUGCUCCGGGCUCAUACAUCUGCUCACCAACAUGAUCUUAUUCGUGCAGGCCUCAAUGCCUUUCUGGUAGUGGGAGAUGUCUAUCGACGAGAUGAAAUUGAUAGUAGCCACUAUCCAGUCUUCCAUCAAAUGGAAGGAGUCAGACUAUUCUCAAAACAUGAAUUGUUUGCCAAUGUCCAAAAUGGUGAAGAACUUUGCAUUUUUGAGAAGGGAUGCCGCAUACCCUGUAAACAGGAGAGGCACACACUUGAGGCUGUUAAACUACUUGAAUUUGACUUAAAGCAGACGUUAAAGAAAGUCAUGAUAUAUCUCUUUGGGAAAGGACUAGAAAUUAGAUGGGUGGAUUGCUAUUUCCCAUUUACGCAUCCUUCCUUUGAAAUGGAGAUCAAGUUCCAAGGAGAAUGGAUGGAGGUCCUUGGCUGUGGGAUCAUGGAGCAGCAGCUGGUAGACUCAGCUGGUGCUCAAGGCAAGAUUGGAUAUGCUUUUGGUCUGGGGUUAGAACGGAUAGCAAUGAUUUUGUACGGAAUUCCAGAUAUCCGCUUGUUUUGGAGUGAAGAUGAACGAUUCUCCAAGCAGUUCCAGGUUAUUGACAUUGACCAGAAAGUCACAUUUCAGCCCCUCAGCAAAUACCCACCAUUAGUAAAUGACAUCUCUUUUUGGAUUCCAAAAGAAGGCUAUGAAGAAAAUGAUUUCUAUGAUUUGGUGCGAAAUAUUGGCGGUGACCUGGUGGAGAAGGUCAGCCUUAUUGACCAGUUUACACAUCCAAAGACUAAAAAGGUCAGCCAUUGCUACAGGGUUACCUAUCGCCACAUGGAACGAACAUUAACCCAGGAAGAGGUGUGUACCAUUCAUCGAGCAAUUGAAAAGGCAACUGUGGAGAAAAUGGGAGUGGAAGGCAGAUUUUAAAAUCAAGAAAAUAAUUAUUUUUUUUCUGCUUUAACUGCAGUCUACCUAUUGGUUUUCUUGUGCUCAAUAAGUGAUGAAAUACAGAUGAAGAUUCAAUUAAUGCCAAACUUGAUUUGAGUAAAGCUCAGCAUUUUGGAUUAAUAUGUCUGCUCUUUUUUUCUUGUGCUUUGUACAGAGGCACUAGCCUUCAUUUGUAAAACAGAAGGGUUUAUCUUUAGGUUUUAUGCUGUGGUCCAUGUUAAUUGGCUCCCAAGAGUUAAGCUGUUUCGGGAAAGUGCCCGUCAUGUCAUCCAUUCAUCAGACCAAAUUAGACUCCUACUGACAUAAUUUCUACAUCAAGCAAUUUGAUAGCAGCUUUCCUGAUAUGGGAAGAAUCAGAAAUAUUUGCUUUCAUUUUCAGUAUAUUCUUGCAAUAAUUGAUGCAGGAAAAAACACAAUGUAUAUGUCGAUUUUACCUAAACAAUUCCUUUAGGAUCACUUAUGCCUUAUAAAACCUUUUAACACUGGAUUGAUUCUAUUGUUUUAUCUUACUAUGAAUAUAUUUAAUUUUAUUACUUUCUAGAUAAUAGGAAAAUAAGUCCAAGUUUGUGACACAAUCAAAUUAUCAUCUUAAAUAGUACAGAACCUAUGAGAUACUAAAAACAUAUUUACUACAUGGACAACACAAACCUAAGCAUUUAUUUCCAGUUUUAUGCAGUGUCCCUAAAUUUCCUGGGUCAUUCUUCUGAUCUCCUAGUAUGAGUCUAGUAAGAGAACAGCAUUGACUUUGGAUUAACAGUAUAAACAGAUAAAAUAGCUAAUUGCACAAUUUGUCUGGGGAUUCCAAUGGUUUCUACGAAUACCUCAGCAUGAAAUUGUGAGAACCAAUUGGAAAUUAAGGACACUUGUCUUAUCAGUUGGUAACAUUGUCACCUGUAAUGUGCAAGGAUCUGGGUUCAAUUCCUGUUCCAAGAAUAAGUAGAAAAAUCAAGGCUCAUACUCCAGUGCAGUCUUGAUGGUCUACCGCACUGCAGGAAAACACUGUCUCUCAGAUGAGAUGUUAAAUUACAAUCUCUUCUGUCUGCUUGAGUGUAAAAGAUCUCACGGUAUUACUUUGAAGAAGUUGAGGGAAGGUUUCCAUUGCCUUAUGGCCAAUAUUUAUCUCUCAAUGAUCAUCAUAAAGACAGACAGUGGGAUGCAAAUUGGCUGCUAUGAUUCCUGAAUCACAACAAUGACUGCUUCACCAGUAGGUCACAUUGUCUGUAAAGCAUCUGGGACUUCAGGUGAUUUGAAAGGGACGAUAUAAAUGCAGCUCAAAUUUUCAUUUUUAUAGUCUAAUGUCACUUGACUUUUGGCCCUUUGAAGAAAACUACCGAUGCUGGUGCAAAUAGUGUCCUAAACCCUGUCAUGCCAACUAAAAAUGUUCCACAGAAAAGGUAUGUAGCCACUGGAAAGGAGAUCAUGGGGGUUGCAUGAGGGGAUUUUAUGGAAUCUAGAAAAGUGGGAUAAGUGGUAUGCAGUGUGAUUUAAUAAGGCAGGAUGCAAAAUUUCAAUUUCCCACGAUUGGGUUGAGAUGUAGAGAUAGAUUUUCCUUGUUUAACCCUAAAACAUAAGAGAGGGUGGCAGGAAAAUGGUCUUUGUCUCUUGAAGGGGCGGGAUUCAUAGAGUAAGUCAGUGGUGAAGGGUGUUGUGGAGUGGAUGCAUGGAAGGAUGGAAAAGAGUUCCAGGGGAUGACAGAAGGAGGAGUCUGGGCAUGUAGGAAUGAUGCAGGGAGAUGCUAAUGUUAUGGUGAGGUGGGGGACUGUCAAUCAAGGUAAGAAAAUUAGAGGCCUAAAAGGCAGUAUUGAUACUGUCCAACCUGUGGCCAACUCAAGGUGUUGUGCGCACAAGUCCUUAAGCUGUGAAUUCAUCUACAAUAUUUCAAUUAUGUCUGAAAAGAGUAAACUCAUACGAUAUCCUUUACAAUGCUUGGAAGGGAAGGCCAGCUGUGCCUGCAAGUUCUGCUAUGUCUCACAAAGUGUAAACAACUUUGGAGCUGAAAAAUGUGUU